UCUAGACAAUAUGGGGGGUUCAAUGGGCUUUCUCGGCAAAGGGGUACCACCGACGCAGAUGAUGAAUAUGGUAAUGGGUUCACUCUACAAACAAUUCACCCAAAAAGCUAUCAACAACUUCGACGAUUUCCAUGUUGCUGUUUUAGACAUCUUUAACAACUUCAACUCGGCUUUACCAGGUCGACACUUCGAUUUCCCGACCCCGGAAGAAAUAAAGGAUUGUUUCGUGCGGUGGAAGGAAGCGAAAGACGAAGAAGAGAAGAAGAAAGUGUUCGUAGAGUUCAUUACAAAGAGAGUCAGUCCAAGUAAACUCGAUGACGUCACUUUGAUCACCGGAAUAGUAUCUCCGCCGGCGGCUAUGGCCGCUAAGAGAGCAGGAGAGAAUGUUCCUCAGCUAAAAUUAAUCAAACUCAUACCUGAUGUUAUAUUCGUCCCUACCGUCACCAUUUUGGCCAUUGUCUCUGCCAAACUCUCAAGAAGAAUGUAUUUGAAAUAAUGAUUUAACCAAACAUUCUUAAAUCUCCUAUUCAUCUUUUUUUUUCCAUCUCUAGUUCAAGAGAUUGCAUCGCUGAAAAUUAGCAAUAUUCUGAGUUCCUGUUUUAUAUAUAUGUGGAAACAGU